CUGGAAGUGAAAAAGUAAAAGCAAAUAUAUGAGAGAUGAUCGAAAAAAUGAUCUACUUUUUUUUAAAAGUAGAGUUUUAUUAUGAAACUAAAUUCUAAUCUCAACCGAUGGUAACGAGCUUGACUUCGUUUUCUUUUUGAACGUUUAAAUACAGUACUUGCGUGAGUAUUGCCCAAUUUCUUGCUAGUCUAGAUUAUACCAGAAAUGUCAGUCGUUGGUGCAAUCUAUGGAAAAGAUAGUGCAGCGGACGAAUCGAAGGGUAACGCCCAUAUCUGCACCACCGUAAAAUGAAAUAGAUCAUUUUUUAGGCGUACGGGAGAUGCUUGGUAUAAAUACCCGAAAUUUCAUGUUCAUUCAAUCAGUUUUCUUCUGACCUUCGUACGAGUUUUCAAAACAAAAAUUUCAAACAACAAUCAAAAUGUUUUCGAAAAUUGCUCUUUUGUUCAUUUUUGGCUGCAUUGGACUCGUUUUGUCUUCGCCAGUUCCAUCAGACAGUCAAACCGAGGAGGUUUCUUCUACUCCAUCGAAACCAGAAACGGCCGUCACCGCAGCUACUCCAACAAAAAUUGCAAUGAUGUCUCCUUUCAAAAAUUUUGAUAGCGCCGGACUGGAGAUUCUUCAGGAAAUUAUUGGUGGCCUUACCGAUCGUUUCGGUGACGCAUAUGUAAAAACCUACGAUCAACAAAAAGGUUCAAUUGACGAGACCAUUAAAAGUAUCAAAGAUAUGGGAAAAUUAGGAGUUGAGUCUGGUGUCAAUCUGAUGAAAAACGGCCUUGAAUUCUUCUUUAUUGUGCCAACCUUCACAAGACAUGUAGCUGCUAACGAGGGUUAA